ACGAAGCGGACCAGUAUCGGACCGCAAACAGCAACGCGCGCCACUCGCGGAGUCCACGCUGCUGCCAACGCACAGACACAGAUCGCGCGAUCGCGUCAGCGAUAGCUUGUUUAGCAUCGGGGAAAUUCCUGGCGGCAAAACCUGUUCGUGGCGUAGCUCUAUCGAUCGCGGCGACAACAAGCACUAGGGUUCCGUGGGAGGCACUGGAAAGGUCAACAAAAGAGGCAGUGAUAAAAAGCCGACCGAGAAAACCGGUGAAACCAACACAACUUGUGGGUGUCUUCGUGUUUCACUGUCGAUCCGGACACUAUACUAAUCGCACGCGUUUUGUAGAUCGCCAUGAAGCUCGGGUUAGCGACCGGAACCGGAGCCAUCUGCGGCAGCGCUCUGUUGGGUGCCGUAACGCUUUGUGCUAUGUGGCAAAGUGUUGCAAGCGGCCCCCAGACGAGGAGUCAGGAAGAUGCCUACAUACCUACGCGAUACUUAACCACCAAUGCGUGGAAUCAUCCAAUCAUUUUUCCCGAUUCGCAAGAAUAUUUACGAACGGUUCAAUAUCAGCAAGAAUCACUAGCACCACGACGGCAGGAGUCGGCUCUGGUGCAGCAACAACAUCUGGCAUCAGGAUCGACUUUGUCAUCACGAUUACAAGAAUCAACGCACCUGGAAGCAAAACCAAAUGACAACAACUCCGGUGCACUACAGUUUGCUUGGAAUAUGCUUAGGUCCGUCGUGUUGCCUCAGAGUGGAAACACCGUCCUCUGUCCAAUACUACCUCAGACGCUACUGGCGAAUCUCUACGAUGUAGCCAGUCCCGGUGCCAGAACCGAGUUGCGCUCCACUCUGCACGCUUCCUAUGAAGAGCUUCAACCGUUGAUACGCACCCAGCUGACCGCGGCGGGUCGAUCUUUGGAGAAUCAGCUCGAUUACGCCAUGAUAUACUUCUUGGGGAAGGAUAUGCUCAUCAAUCAAGAGUUCCGGGACAAAUCCGUGCGCGAUGGCGUCGCCUUUCAGAGUCUCGAUUUCCGAAAUGCAAACACUGCGGCAGCCACCGCCAACCAAUGGGUGAUGUCCAAGACCCGAGGGGCCAUACGCGAAAUUCUUUCACCCGCCUCGCUUGACCAGGCAACGCGCCUGGUAAUGGCUAGUGUGAUCUACUUCAAGGGAAAAUGGAAGUACCAGUUCACGCAGACGAAAUCGGAACCAUUUGCUCCAGGUCCGGGCCGAUCGGUGCAGCAGGUGCCGAUGAUGUAUCAGUUCAAUAAACUGCGCUACGGAGAGAUCGACCUGCCCGGACGGAACGGUGGUAUGCGCUGGGUCGAGCUACCGUACGAGGGAACCGGCGGCUUGUCCAUGGUGCUGAUGCUUCCGCAGGAGCGACAUCAGUUGGAAAGCGCGGCGAGCCAACUGACUCCAUCACACUUGAUGGACAUGAUGGAGCACCUGACGGCCCCAAGAGCGUCGAGAAAGGUUCACCUACGAGUGCCACGGUUCGAGGUGUACAGCUCCAUGUCGUUGGUGUCGGUACUCAAAAGCAUGGGACUUAGGGCGAUCUUCGACAGUCCGCAAGCGCUGCAAGGGAUGUCCAACGAACAGUUAGUGGUACGCGACGUUACUCAGCGUACGUUCGUCUCGGUCGACGAACAAGGCACUACCGCGACAUCCGCGGCCUCACUCUCAUUCGUAGCCCUCAGUGCCGGACCAGUGCCAGUUAACGUUAACUUUACCGCCGACGAACCGUUCAUCGUGAUGAUCGUUGACAAGAUCAAUAAGUAUCCCAUGUUUGUGGCCAAGAUUGAAUCUCCUUCGUCGUCCUAACGUUUCGUGCGGCACUGAGUUUGCGAACAAAUUUGUACAGCACCAAUCAUAAGAACACGCAACAUUCUGCUCGUAUGCUAAGCUAGUGAUAUAAAAGAAGAGAAGAUGACGAAAAACAUGAAAGUAAGCAAACUGUUAGCAAAUAUUUAAAC